UGAUGGGAAUAAAACACAAAUUAUCAUCAGCAUAUCAUCCUCAAACAAAUGGAUUAGUAGAAAGUUUUAAUAGGACACUUUGCAAAGCACUUGCUAAAGAAGCAACUUUUCCAGUAGAAUUACAAAUUCCUACUUAUCCUAUGGAAAUUGGUAGUGAAGAACAAAAGGAAGAAUUAUUAUUAAAAAGGGUUUAUGAACUCAUUGGAAAACUACCAGAGAAAAGAGUGGGAGCAAGAGAAAAUAUUUCAAGGUCACAAGAAAAACAGAAAGAGCA